UUGUUUCUGGGUAAAGAAUGCAGACUAUAAAGUGUGUAGUUGUUGGAGAUGGCGCUGUGGGAAAAACUUGUCUUCUCAUCAGCUAUACCACCAAUGCCUUCCCAGAAGAGUACAUCCCUACUGUGUUUGACAACUACAGUGCCCAAAUGACUGUUGAUGGCCGGACAGUUAGCCUGAACCUCUGGGACACUGCAGGCCAGGAGGAAUAUGACCGUCUGCGCACACUCUCGUAUCCUCAAACCAAUGUAUUCGUCAUCUGUUUCUCCAUCGGUAGCCCCUCUUCCUAUGCAAACGUGAGGCACAAAUGGCAUCCUGAAGUUUCUCACCACUGUCCAAAUGUUCCCAUUCUUUUAGUGGGCACGAAGAGAGACUUGAGAAAUGACCUGGAAACAGUUAAAAAGUUGAAAGAGCAAAGCUUGGCUCCCACUACCCCACAGCAGGGGACUUCGCUGGCUAAACAAAUUGGAGCAGUCAAAUAUUUGGAGUGCUCAGCGUUGAAUCAGGAGGGUGUUCGGGAGGUGUUUGCUGAAGCUGUGCGUGCAGUUCUGUAUCCUGUGACAAAGAAGAACACAAGAAAGUGUGUCUUAUUGUAGUUACCUCGGGUGAUGGAUGUUCAAAGUUGAAUAUUGACUAGAAUCUUGGAGGGCUCUUUGAGUUAAAUUGAAGAUUUGCAUCUUGCACUAACAGCUCUAAGCAGAAAUGGUUUAUGCAACGAAUAUUCUUGUACUUUUAUUGCUUCAGGGAAACUGAAACAGAACGUUUUUUUUUUCCGAGAGGUCAAAUACCUACUUUAUUUUUAAAGUUCCAGUCUCCAGCUUUUCCACGGAUCACUUGGCUUCUGUCCUUAUUUAGUGGAGGAAAGUAAAAGAUGGGACUUCUUUGAAGCCAGACUUCUUUACUGGAUAGCCAUCAGUUACUAGAUUUGCUGAAAAGCACAAAUUCUGAUAACUUUGCUUUAAGCGUAGCUGCUGCUUUUCCCAUCCCUUAUUUACUGAUUGAAUUUGUUUUGCAAACAGAAGUCUGGCUGUCCUGUUGUUUUAAUUUGUCAAUUUAAAGCUUGAAAACAAUUUGUUUACAUGCAAAAAUGCCUGAAAUGUUACUGAGAUUCACCUUACAGUGAACUGUGAUCGUUUAUAUGAAGAGUUAGCAUCAGGCAUGUUUAAUGUAAUGAGCAAGACCCAGGGAACACCUGCAGUGAUUUUAUUAAUAGAAGCAGGAGCUGAUUUCUCCUAAUGUAAGGAACUUAGGAUAAUGAUGAAUCACUCAAAUGAGUGAUUUUCAUACUUUUGAAUUGGAGAGGUAGAAGAGUAGUUUAGAUGCAAGUCUUCCAUAAUCUUCUAAACUGAUAUUUUAUUUCACUCUCCAAAGAGACUUUGCACCCUGAGAAUAAAGUUAACACUUAACCUUCUCGGACUGACUGAGGUAGUUGGGACGACACUUCUCAAAACGAGAUUUUUUUUUUUUCAGUGCGAUUCCUUUGAUGAAUCCCAGAGACUUGAUAGCAGCCUGUUUGCUCUUGAGGAAUUCAUUGCUUCACUUCUUAAUGUUCUUGGGGCCACCACCUGAGAUUUUUACAGCAAAUUCCUUUGUUGUUCUUCUGGGAGAACACUGACAGAAAAUUUGGAGGUUCUAUUUACAGGAUCCGGGAACCCUCGUUUCUUCCUGGCAACUCACUGAUGGUUUCAGUUAAACUUGUAAUAGUUAGCCAGUCACUGGAUAGGUUUACCUGGGCAGUUUUCUCCUCUCUGCUAGGUGAUCAGUUAUAAACUUUUUUAACUGAAGUUCUACUUACGUACUUUUUAACUUUCUUUAGCAGCCCUAGUGAGUGGCAGCUGGCUUUUAUUUUCAGGAUGUGCACUGUUCUUUAUGUGUGAUUCCGGGACCAGCUGAGGAGUGAGCACAUGAAACCUUCCUUAGACUUAACCUUACAGCUUGGUGGUAUGAAAGCAGCAUGCUUCAAAGAUACUUUGUGUGAAACCAAUGAUGCUGGACUGGGCUUUGUUGUCUGAAGUUGACAGUGCUGUCUUUGUCUGGAUGCAGCCUCAAUUGGUAAUUCAGAACUUGCUUUCUUGUGAUUCCCACACAUGCAAAACUGCACUGGUGUAUACCCUGGUCAGAAAAUAAGCCUCAUUUUAGCAAGAUACAGACAAUACAUCAACAAGGUUAUUAGGGAUCUUGUGUUAAUUUGACCUUGCUUUAUCUGAUAUGGGCAAAAAUACCAGGUGGAUAGAAACAUUUGUAUUUGUGCCCUAAUUCCCCUCUUUGAAGAGGAUGUGCCUUUCUUCAGCUGGUGUAACUGAUGCUAACACUAACUGCAAUUUUUGUAUAUCUGAGGUAUGCUCAUGCUGGUACUGCUUUAGCAAACUGCAACCCAUAGAUUAUAAACUGCAGUUAAUCCAAAUACUGGUCUAUGUGGGUUAGUGAACCAACACCAUGUUCCAACCAUUGCCUCAUUGCAGGCAACACCAAAACACCCGUUACAUAUGAUGUUUGCAGAAGCCUAGAGACUCUGCAUAUUUUUUCUUCACCAAGUGCCAUUGCCUGGAGUGUCUUUGUGCCUUUUGCACUUGUAGAAGAAGUGCUGUUCCAGAUGUGGCUCCUACCCAGUGCCCUGCAGGCUGUGAGGGUGUAGGAGUAUUUCAGUGAGGUAACCUCUACUCACCAUGUUCUGCCUUUACUUUAGUAGUAGGCCUUUAGUGUGGGCUUGACUUGCAGGCAGCAAUUAACUCUGUGCCUUCUAAUUCAAGAUUAUUUUCUGUAGGUAAAUUUCAGUAAGUGAGUAAAUAGAAUUUAUCAUGUUUAAAAUGUAUUUAUUUAAGCCAGUGCACAUGUUUCUUUUGAUGCUGGUCAGGCCUAAAUCAACUGUCUAGUUACCCCGGUGCAAGCCCAUAACCUUUGCUUCAUUCAGAGAUGUACUUUAAAAAGUUUGUGAUGUGUUUGAAUUGCUCUUAAAUAGACUUUUAAUUUCACCAACAGGCACCUCUUUUUUUUUUCUACAUAUAUUUGCAAUUUUGUACUGAAGCUACUACUGUUUUAAAAAGUUUUUACUUUUUUACAUACUGAAAUCUUUUAGUUCUGCAUCUUUUGUGGUUAUUCCUAACUGGAUUACAAUAAUUUUGUGGAGAAGAAAUCCUGUGAGCAAGUAUUAUUGCACAUCCCCCCUCGUUUCUGUAGGCUCACAGAGCAGCCAUCCUGGUGUUAACUGGAAGAGAGUACGGUGAGAUAAAAUUCAACUACUUAAUCAAUUCAAAUUGAUUACAUUAUUGAUUACAUUAUGCUAGAACACUUUAUCCCCAUCUGGAUUACUUAAUAAAUGGAUUGCACAACAGUACUGAGGAGAGUAACAUGAUAGUGAUGAAAAUGGGCAGAAAGUGAACUUUGAACACUGUCAAAAUCUUUUUACUAACUUUGGAGUACCUCAUUAUAGUAAUUUAGAUGCCUUUUAUUUCUGUCGCUUUCUGCCAGGAGCAAAAGUCCUGACAGCUGGUUUCCUCCAGCCUCUGCUUUUCAUGAGAAUGAGCUUCAGGAGCACACAGAUCCAAGGAGCUUUUCCAUUCAGUGGGCAUUCUCUGUAACCUUCCU